UAUUGACAACUCUCAAAUGUGCACACUCAUGAGCGCGGCCUCUGAAAACUGACUACCAUUAUAUACGUAUAGACUUUUCCAAUCAAGGCAGUGAGUACGUGAAGUUAUGAAAGAUAAUGUACAGCGUACAGUAAUUUCUCCGAAAUUAGCCGGAGGUCCACACGGUUUAGGUGAUCCAGAUGAUACUUCAUUGAGAAAAGUAGAAAAAGAUGUUCUUAUAACACAAUUAAUGCGGGAUAAGGCAAAGGAAAACUGUCAUGAAGUGGUUGAAGAAUUCUCAAAGUGUUGUGUGGAUAAUAGCUUUUUAAUGGUCGUUAGAUGUAGAAAGCAAAAUUCUGCUUUAAAAUCAUGCUUGGUAAAAUGGUUCAAUGAUGAAAAGUUUAAAGAAGAAUGUACACAAGAAUAUUUAAAUGAUAGAAGAGAGUAUCGAUUAACUGGUAUCCCCAAGAAAUCAAGACAGAAAAAAUUACCAUCCUCAUAAAUUUUACUCUGUUUUAAUGAAUGUUAAUUUAGAAAUGUAUUGCAAUUGUAAAAAAAUGAAUAAUUAAUGAUUUUUUUGUAAAGUACUGUAUCUUAUUUAAUGAAAUAACCAGGAUUUUUAUAUUAAAAAUAUAUUUCACAGUUACAAUGUA